UUGCAGGUUCUGGUUAUUCUAAUUUGAGUAAAUUUACCACCGUGAUUACUGAUUUACUUACGCCAGUCUUCAUACGAUCUAUUAUUUUCAGAUUUGAGGCAUUUUUUGCAUCUUUGGAGCAUCUGUCGAUAUUCAGAAUAACCGAUCAUGUCCAAGAAUGUGACUUCCUCGACGGCGUGUGUUGGGCCCGAUUCUCAAUGGAAGCUGGCGAAAUGCAUGCAGCAACUGUUGGUGAAUGGAGAUCUGUGUGAUGUGCACUUCACCGUAGGACGCCACUUCGGCCCAUCGAAGAACUUCUCCGCGCACAAGCUGAUCCUCGCGGCACGCAGUUCCGUGCUGCGCACGAUGUUCUACGGGAGUCUGCCAGAGAAGUGCCAAAAAGCUCUCGAUAUUCCCGAUAUCCUUCCAGAAGCGUUCGACAAUCUCCUCAGCUUCAUGUACACUGAUGCCGUGGAAAAUCUGAAUGCUGGCAAUGUCUUUGCAACGCUGCGUGCGGCUGACAAGUACGACUUGCCUGGACUGGUGAAGAUCUGCUCUGGUCUGAGUGAUUCCAUCGUCAGCAAGCUCAAUGUGGACAACUGCCUGACCACGCUGGAACAGGCCGUCGAAUGGAAGGCUGACAGUGUCGUCCCGAAAUGCCUGGAUGUGGUGGACGUGAAUAGUGAAGCGGUGUUGCGAUUGGAUAAGUUCGCGGCCAUCAGCCAGGCGACGCUGCGGAUGAUUCUGCAGCGCAAUACACUCACGGCGGAGGAGAAUGCGGUGUAUUUGGCGGUGGAACGAUGGGCAGCGGCGGCCUGUGCCCGUAACGAUCUGGAGUCGUCCGGUGCCAAUCGGCGUCAGAUGCUGGGAGACGCCUUGUACCUGGUGCGCUUCCCACUGCUGACUUCGUCGCAGCUAGCCAAGGGUCCUGGCCAGAGUGGACUCCUGAACGCGGCUGAAAUCGGCAGCAUCUUCUUGUAUCACAACGCCGACCCGAAGCCGACGGCACUGGCCUUUCCCACGGAGCGCCGUGUUGGAGUGUUCCGCGUUGUGGUGCCCGAGUUUCAGCUGAAUGACAGUGUCUUUGUGCGUAACGGAGAUUGGUGGAUGCCAGCCGAGGUUACCGGAUGGGAUGGGAAGAAGGUGGCGUUGGUGUGGCUUGCCAUUAGCAUGCCGCAUACUCAUACCACAGCGAUGCCAGACAAUGUGGUGCGUGCGGCGGACAUCCUGCAACACGGCCAGCCGGUGCAUAUCUCAUUUCGGGGCAGUUGUGAGUCCGCCCGCUUUCUUUACUCCACGGCCUGUCGUUGGGUUGUCAAGAAUAAUAACAAUAUGCGCCGCAAAAUGUUUUUCGGUGAGCUGAUAUUGGCGCACUACCAGGUGACGCAGUGGAAAGCGAACAACGGCUGGCGAGCGGGACUGCAUGGCGUAGGGGCAUGUGGAAAUGGUUAUUAAUUAUCGAUCUUUAUAUGCAGUUCCUGGAUAAUACUAGAAAUGGCUACAGUUUACUCAUUUUUAUACGAUUUAUUUUGCCGGCUUUCUGUUCAUUUCCGACGAAUGUUUACUUUUUGCUUUGACGUUAACGUCGGUGAAAACAACCGGUGAAGGAUGUGUUUUAGUCACUUUUAUUAAAUGUUUUUCUAUUGAA